AUGAAACUCAAAGAGUUUUUAAUAAAAAAUAUCACUUAAGAAAAUGAUAUCCUGGAAAAUAUGUAAAGUGAUUUCAACAUAUCAUCAAACAAAAAAAAACUCUAAUUGAAAAAUGCUUAAAUUUAGGGAGGAUAUUAAAAUGUCCAAUAACAAAACUAAUUAAAAGUUCUAGAAUGCUCUAAACUCUUUAAAUUCCAAUUCUUAAGUUUUAACAUAAUCAAUAAUUUGUAAUAUAUUUAAUAAAAAAGAAUAAUUAUACAUAUUGUAGGCAACAAUUUCUUUUAUCUCGCUCUAGUAGUUGAAAUCAUUUUAAGAAUUUUUAUAUUCAUUAAUAAUAAUAAAAAUGAGAAAUAUUAGUGA